AUGAACUCCUUUCUGAUGGCCCACAGGAAGACGCUUCCAUCAAAGCUGCCAAAAGGAGCCACGGUCAAGCAAGUGUUGCAAGCCAAGAUGGCCCUCAGUGAAGACCCUGAUGGCAUCCCUGAGGAGACUGAAACUGACGAACCUCAUGGUUACCUUGAGGAAGACGCCGCCAUCAAAGCUGCCAAAGAAGCCAAGGUCAAGCGAGUGUUGCUAGUAGAAACGGAUAUUGCUGAAGACCUUGAUUGUCUUCUUGAGAUGGACGAAAAGCCUUCGGAAAAGGCCAAUGGAGGUCUUUGGAGUCUGGAACUCCAUAUUGAACUGGGUUUCUGA